AUGAUGGACGUGGCCAGUUGGAAGGAGAUGGAGGUGGCACUAGUCAGUUUUGACAACACUGACCAGAUCGUGGAGGAUCCCUGCUAUUCCAACGACCUCAGCCCCGCUGGGCAGUCACGGAAAGGCCACCCCAGCUGCACCAACCUCCUGUCCAACCUGCGGAUCCUCAUCAACAGCGAGAACGCCAACAAUGAGACCAUCUUCUCCAGGUUCUCCGCCGAGUUCAGCGACCACCUGGUGGGGGAGAGGGUGGGCAUGGAUGAGGGGGACCAACGAGUCAUCAUCAACAUUGCUGGGCUGAGGUUUGAGACCCGGCUCAAGACCCUUGACCAAUUCCCCGAGACCUUGCUUGGGGACCCCGAAAAGAGGAUGCGUUACUUCGACUCCAUGAGGAAUGAAUAUUUCUUUGACAGGAACAGGCCCAGUUUUGAUGGGAUCCUGUACUAUUACCAGUCUGGGGGGAAAAUACGGCGCCCGGCCAACGUCCCCAUCGACGUCUUUGCUGAUGAAAUCACCUUCUAUGAGCUGGGUGAUGAAGCCAUGGACCAGUUCCGGGAGGAUGAAGGGUUCAUCAAGGAUCCUGAGACCCUCUUACCAACCAAUGACUUUCACAGGCAGUUCUGGCUGCUCUUUGAGUACCCUGAAAGCUCCAGUGCAGCCAGAGGUGUAGCUUUGGUCUCCGUCCUGGUCAUUGUCAUCUCCAUCAUCAUCUUCUGCAUGGAGACCCUGCCGGAGUUCCGGGAGGAGAGAGAGUUUAGGUCCACCCAGGAGCUUUCUAAGAAUGUGACAGACACCUUGCUGGCCCACAGCACCUUCACGGACCCUUUCUUCGUCAUAGAGACCGCCUGCAUCGUCUGGUUCUCCUUUGAGCUCUUUGUCCGGUUCAUCGUGUGUCCCAGCAAGACUGAGUUCUUCAGGAACAUCAUGAACAUCAUCGACAUCGUGUCCAUCAUCCCCUACUUUGUGACGCUCACCACCGAGCUGAUCCAGCAGAGCGAACUCAACGGGCAGCAGAACAUGUCCUUGGCCAUUCUGCGCAUCAUCCGCCUCGUCAGGGUCUUCCGCAUCUUCAAGCUCUCCCGGCACUCCAAGGGGCUGCAGAUCCUGGGGCAGACCCUCAAGGCCAGCAUGAGGGAGCUGGGCUUGCUCAUCUUCUUCCUCUUCAUCGGCGUCAUCCUCUUCUCCAGCGCCGUUUACUUCGCGGAAGUCGAUGAGCCGCAGUCCCAUUUCUCCAGCAUUCCCGACGGCUUCUGGUGGGCUGUGGUCACCAUGACCACCGUGGGCUACGGGGACAUGUGUCCCACCACCCUGGGCGGGAAGAUCGUGGGGACUCUGUGCGCCAUCGCGGGGGUGCUGACCAUCGCCCUCCCCGUGCCCGUCAUCGUCUCCAACUUCAACUAUUUCUACCACCGGGAGACGGAGAACGAGGAGAAGCAGAUGCUGCCCGGGGAGGUGGAGCGGCUGCUGGCCAGCGUGGCCACGGGCAACGGCAGCAUGGAGUCACUCAAUAAGACCAAUGGGGGUUACCCUCGAGACAAGGCCAAAAAAUGAUGGUUGAGGCGCUGAGGGACUGGGCACAGUCAGGUGGGAUUGGCUGGAAAACGUAUCCAACAUCUGCAUGCUCUGAUUUUUUUUUUUUAAUAAUGUACUGCUGCUUUUUUUUUUUUUCUUGACAUUUUUCAAUCUCUGAUUUCCUGUGGCUGUUCAAAUAAACACCAUCUUUCUUAUCUCUCUGCCCUGCCCAUCAGUCUGGUGUUUUUUAUUUGAUGUUCAUCUGCUCGACAUUUCUCUUCUCUGUCCCUGGUGACAGAGUGGAAUUCCACCUAUACAGAGAUUUCCCCAUUAACUGGAGAGGAAAAAGGGCAAAAUGACAUGAAAUGCUUGGCUCGGUGACACCCAGAUGUCCAGGGAUGAAGGUGGGUCCAGCUCCCUGCUUUGUUUAACUCAUUUUAAAUAGUUCCUCCCUACCCACCACUUCAGAUCUGGGGCUCUGACAAAUUCCUACACCUGUGACAGCCGUGACUGAAAAAUAAGCUGGCAAAAAGAAAUGGGAAGGGAUAUUUUUAGCUGGAUGAGUUCCCUUGUCUGCCUGACUAAUUAAUUGUGAUGGCACAGCAGGGUGGGCAG